CACAUUUUGAUGCAGCUGUCAAAGUUGUCCCCCUGCAGGAGGAAGAAAAAGUGAUUUUUGUGUGAGUGUUUUCCCCCAGAGAAGAAAGUGAAAAUCUCCGUGCGUACACCCUUUUAUGAAUCACGCGUGAUUGCCCUGGACAAAUGUAUCAGAGUGCCUGUGGUGCGGCAACAGGUGGAUGUGUUAAGACUGAGCAUCAUCACAGUCGCGAGAGUAAUUUGAUUUCACAUGAACCAGCAGUGGCGCCCGUGGAGCACGACUAUUCCGGCUUUGACAUCGUUAAAGCCACCCAAUAUGGGGCAAUUGGGCGCGUUAAGGAGCUCAUUGAGGCCGGGUGGGAUGUCAAUCAGCCCGACAGUGAGACGGUGACUCUCCUCCACUGGGCAGCCAUAAACAAUCGCAAGGACAUCAUAAAGUACUUCCUCGAGAAGGGAGCUGUUGUUGAUGCAGUUGGUGGGGAACUCAAUGCCACACCGCUGCACUGGGCCACGCGACAGGGGCACAUUAGUGCUGUGGUCCUCCUCCUGUCUGCCGGAGCUGAUCCGAGCAUCCGCGAUGCCGAGGGGGUGUCCUGCAUUCAUUUGGCCGCACAAUUCGGGCACACAGCCCUUGUGGCGUACUUCAUUGCGCGCGGGGUGAAUCCUGACCUGCAGGAUCGCACGGGUAUGACGGCACUCAUGUGGGCAGCUUGGAAGGUUGUGGAGAUCGAUCCGGUGCGACUUCUGCUCACACUGGGCGCCAAUCCCAGCGUUGUGGAUCACACGCACGGCAACACAGCACUCCAUUGGGCCAUCUUGGCCCGCAAUGCCACCGCUAUCAACACACUAAUCCUCAAGGGAAAAGCCAGUCUAGACAUUCCAAAUUUGCGCGGGGACACCCCGCUGACGAUGCUACAGUCCCAAAUGGGUGCCUUUUGGAUUUCACCGAAGGUAAGUGAGAAGCUGCGUGAAAUGGGGCAGGCACAGCAGCGACGGAACAUUCUCGUGCGAUGGACAGUGGAUAAGAGGGUACGCUGGUGGACGAUGGUGGCUACACCCUUUCUUGUCUUCUACCUGGCUGGGCUGAUCUUCAGUUCGGACCUGCUGUACAUCAUAAAGUUCUUUCUCCUCGGCUGCCUGUAUGCUGUGACGCACACCGUGGGACGGGUGAUGUUUGAUGAUCAUCUCAUGACGCUCAUUCCGCUCAGUGUGUACCUGGCCACGAAGUUUUGGUUCUACGUCACGUGGUUGGUGUACAUUGCACCCGCGGUGUCGGCAUGGCUGACAUUGGCCUUCUUGGCUUCCAGUGGGAUACUGUGGUGGUGCUUCCUCAAGUCCUGGCGCGGGGAUCCGGGUGUCAUUCGUCCGACGCAGGAAGAGCGAAUGCGCACAAUAAUUGAGCUGAGUGAACGCGGCGGGGCGGGUUUUGCACCACCGGGUUUCUGCUCAUCGUGCCUCGUGAGGCGUCCCGUACGGUCAAAGCAUUGCUCUGUGUGCGAUCGAUGCGUAGCACGGUAUGAUCAUCACUGCCCGUGGAUACAGAAUUGCGUUGGAAUUGGGAAUCAUCGGCAUUUCAUGGGGUUCCUGUGGGCUCUCAUGUUCAUGUGCGCGUGGAUGGUGUAUGGGGGGGCGCAGUUCUACAUGGUGCAGUGCGAGGUGACCUUCGAUGGGUUCUGGCAGGCUCUAAUGGUGAUUGGGAUGUGUCAGCCAUGGGUGGGAUGGGUGAUGGCCAAUGCUCUGCUUCAUAUGGCCUGGGUGGCAACACUGGCCCUCUGUCAGACGUACCAAAUUGUCGCACUGGGCAUGACGACGAAUGAGCGCAUGAAUCGCGAUCGGUACAAACAUUUCCAGGCCAAGGGAGGCAAAUCUCCCUUCACACGGGGCUACCUAAAUAAUCUCGUGGAUUUCAUGGAGUGCACGUGCUUCGGCCUCAUUAAGCCAAAUCGCAUUGAUUGGAUGACGUUUUUCGAUUUGGACAAACCCCAAGAGCACGAACCCCUUUUGCGGCCAACGGACAACUAUCAGUACGUCUAGGGCAUGGAGAAGCCAUCAGUGGCACCGGAAGAACAACCACCAGAUACACAAUCAGUCACAGUGUGAGUACACACGAAUGCAAAUGUACUCGUCAUAGAAAAGUAUUUUUUCUUAAUUCCCAAGAGUGAGAAAAUGCAGGAAAAAAAAGUAUCCAAACAUCCUUCUUUUCAUUGAUUUUUUCCUCUUUUUUUGGGCUUUUUUGAGAGCCUUCCGGAAAGAGAAAUAAAAAAGAAAUUCAUGAUUCAGAUUUACUUUAAAAAAAAAAUCGAGAUUUGUACACUGAAAAAAAUUGUAUACAGAGAAAAACUCAAAAAAAUCAUUCAAAUGAAAGAAAAGUAUUUUUAGUAAAUAAAAGAAAAUCUUUAUUUUCUAAGUA